GAAAUUAAAUUAAGCUACAAACAAACAAGAUAUCCAAUUUCAUGACAGUUUGUACUAAUGGACAAAUUAUAUUAGAAGAAAAGUAUCAACGCUGCAGAUUCACUAAAUCAGAAAUCGUAAGCUAUGCUAAAUGGUUGGGAAUUAAUCUGAAACGAGAACCAGAAUUAUAUCCUUUAGUAUAUGAAGGGAUCAAAGCCCCGCUUCCGGUUGGUUGGAAACCUUGUAUGAAUACCAAUGGGGAUAUAUACUACUUCAAUUUUUUCACAGGUCAGUCUACGUGGGACCAUCCUUGUGAUGUUUAUUAUAAGAAUAUGGUAUUAGAAUGCAGAAAAAAUAAAAGCUGCACGAACGUAACUGAUAGAAAGCAAAAGUACUUAAAAAAACCUCAACAUAAAAAGUCAUGUGGUACUUGUCAUGGCCUCAAGCUACUCCACAUAGAAACAUAUAAUAAGCCAAUCAGUAACCGGACACAGGAUAAUGGUACUUCGUGGAGUAAUACUACUCAUAAUCACAAUUUAAAGCUUUCGAAUGAAAACCCAGUCUUCAAAAACUUAAGUGGGACAGGAAAUGAGCCUUUAGUUUCCAAACCCAAGCCUUCUGAAAAUAACGAUGAUCAAUUUAGGAAAAGCACAGGUGUCCAGUAUGAAUCAGCAUGUGAACUGCAAGCAAUACGAAUCAAAGAGAAUACAGAAUUGGCGCUGGUUAGGCAAGUUGAUGAAAACCUCCUGAAUUUUUCAUUAUUAAGUAAUUCUGAUGACUUAACUAACAGUAUAAGAUCCAAAACACGAAAUGUGACUAAAUCGUAUGGAUUUUCUGAAACAUUGCAAAAUGAAACAAACUCAAACAACUGCUGUAAAAUAAAGAUCAAACAGAAUACGUCAACAGGUUACUCGGUAUACGGACGAUCGGAAGAAUCAAUGAAUAAUAAAAAUACCGGCAAUUGUGACAGCGAUAGUUCAGUCCAUAAGCAUCUUCAAACCAAAACAGGAUCAGAGUGUAUGACAAAAUUAUUAAAGAAAAUGGAACAAAAUCAUGAGGAAGUACUAGGAGCAAGUUACAAAUUAUGUUCAAUGCAAAACGAAUUAGUUAACUGGUGUAAUGAAAUCGAAAAACGCCUAUAUGAUAUUGAUAGCAGAUAUAAGAUCACUUUUUGCAGGGAUAGAGCGUUAAUGGGAAAUAAUAAUCUACUUAUAUUUUUAGAACCGCGUGAAAUUAAUCAACAGGAUUACGUGAAUACUAGUCUAUACAAUAAAGUUACAUUUAAUGAAUAUCCUUCAUACAAUUCUAAUUUGUCGGUUAAUACAAAAAAUAAACGACCACAUUCUAGCGAUGAUUAUCUAUUGAGUGAAAAACACACCUGUACAGAGACAAAAACAAAUGCCAUAAGUACAAACUCUUUAGUAUUUAAAACGAACCAUGUUGAAAACUUGGUUCCCAUCAGUAAUUCUAUAUCACAAAACCUAGUGAAACACUUGUCAAUAGUCGACAUGUCCAAAUCAAGAUAUACUGUCACAAAUUGGAACAGGAUAUCUAGUGACUGGAAUACAGUUAGAACAAAACUAUACCAUGGGAAGUCUCUUUAUUCACCAAGAAACCUCCCGCAAAGCAUGAUAAGUCAACAGCUUGAAGAUUAUUCAAGAUGGUUAGAACAAGCUGAAGCGUACAUGAAAACUUUACAGUCCGUCUGAAUAUUAUUAAAAUAUCAACGUAAUUUCACUCGGAUUGUGUACAACGAUGUUAACUUUGCCACAAAAUCCCAAAAAAAGUAAUACAGACAAUAAGACCGGCAUUUUGAAUAUCAAGUGCUUCGAGAAAAUUAGAGUUGAAUUCGGAUGUUUGGUUAAAUGUUUAAUAAACCCAUUGU